AAGGCGGAAGUCAGUGCAUCAUUUCGACCAGUGACAGGAUUGUCAGUGGGUAAACACAAAUAUUUUAGCCGUAAAUUCGUUAGGUUGGUGUUCUAAAAAUCCAAGGAUUUAGCCAGCAGACAUGUCUGUGUUUGGGAAGUUAUUUGGAAAUGCGGGGAAAGGGGGCAAAUCCCCAAGCCCCCAAGAAGCAAUUCAGAAACUCCGUGAAACAGAGGAGAUGUUAACCAAGAAACAGGAAUAUUUAGAGCAAAAGAUCCAGGCGGAACUAGUGACAGCAAAGAAAAACGGCACGAAAAAUAAACGAGCUGCCCUCCAGGCCCUGAAGAGAAAGAAGCGUUACGAGAAACAGUUGGCUCAGAUUGAUGGCACUCUGUCCACCAUUGAGUUCCAGCGAGAAGCUUUGGAGAAUGCCAACACUAACACUGAGGUUCUCAAGAACAUGGGCUUUGCUGCCAAGGCCAUGAAAAAUGCUCACCAGAACAUGGACAUUGACAAAGUAGAUGAACUCAUGCAAGACAUUACUGAACAGCAGGAGUUGGCUCAGGAGAUUUCGGAUGCUAUUUCAAAACCCGUUGGCUUUGGAGAGGAGUUUGAUGAGGAUGAGUUGUUGGCUGAACUGGAGGAGUUGGAACAGGAGGAACUGGAUAAUAACCUGCUGGAAAUUGGAGGCCCAGAGACCGUCCCACUACCCAAUGUGCCUUCAGUCCCGGUACCUGCCAAACCAGUCAAGAAGAGAGAGGAAGAGGAUGAGGAUGAGAUGGCAGAGCUGAAGGCGUGGGUAAUGUGAACCCAGCCUAAACUGCCGGACUGUCUUAUCACUCCCUGUGUUUAACUGAUGUUCAGAAUGAAGCUGAACACCUUGAGAGGGUUAACAUUGUCAAACUAUCGUCUAGGAAUCUAUAUCUCCUGUGACUGGGUAAAUAAAGUCCAAGAAGACGAGUUACCAGUGCAAAGGGAUGUAAAACAGGCUAUGAGAACAAAACAAACAAGAAAAAAACAAUCAGAUGAAAUUAUCUAACAAUGUUUGUAAUUAAUGUGACAUUUUUUGCAUUGAAAUUCAAGUUUAAUAAUAUUGAACCCACUUCAGUUGCUUUUUGAGGAGGUUUUCCGAGUCAGCCUCUCACAAUGUCUACCUCUAUUUCUUUAGUAAACACCAGUAGUGAAAUCUAUCCCCAUAGCCUAAUAUGGAAAGUGCCAGGGUUACAGUAAUCAAACUCGUAUGGCCAUAUAACUUCAAAUAUUUUUAUAUAGAUGCUUGUAGAUUUGCACCAUUUAUAUACUGUAUUCCUUAACCCUGUUUGAGAGAGGUUUUGAAGCAUUUCCAUUAACUUAUAUGAUGGGGGAUUGAUUUGGGAUCUGUUAUGCUGCUCAACUUUGUAUGCUAUUAAUACAUCCAGAAUCACUUGGUUAUGGCACUGUACAUCCUUUAGAUAAAUUUCAGACUAAUCUAGAAAUAUAUCUGUCACAGUUAUCAAUAUUACUAAAAGGAAAUUUGUGAGGAUAAAGUUGUAAGGUAACUAAGAUUCCUGCUUGAAGAGAUCUGUAUGAAUACACAGAUGUGCUGUCUUUUCUAUAGAAAACCGGGAUGUAACACAAGGGGUGAAAUGUAUGUUUGAUGUUAUCUAGAAAAAUAGUUUUUUUUUUUCUUUCUCAAAAGACCAUUAAACUUUUGGAUUUAAUUGUUAUGGUGGUAUUGGUCUUGCUAUGGAAUUCCAGCAGGUUGAAAGCAAGUCUUGCAGGUUGAUAGCAAGUCUUGCCAGCCCUAUAGCCAAAGCUCCAAUACCUGUUAGUUUUGCACUUUAUGUAUAUGAAGAUGUGUGCUUCCUGCUAUGUGCCUUAACUAUUGGCAUGCUUAUUCAACUUGAGUGGCAUGUCCUAACAUGAUUAUCUGACUAAUGUGUAUAAUUCAUUGGAAUUUGGUGAGAUUCCCUGAAUUAAAGAUGUGAGAAGCAUGAUACAUUUGCUAUUUCCUCAUGCUCCAGCUGCAGUUACUUGAAUCCCGCAUUUUGUUCUCAUUUUUUCAAGACUGCUAUUUUCCAUUGGUUUGGACAUGCAUAAAUGUCGUUCAAAUAAAUGCUUACAUCCUGAGACAGUC